CAUCUUUAUUUUAUUUUAUUUUAUUUUAUUUUAUUUCUGUGGCCCUGACCCAUCACGUCCUGGGGCCCCCGUGGAUCUUCGAGUUUUGGACCACCUGGGCCAGGGCAUCCAGACAGCGCUUCCUGGGAGCUCCAGGGAAGCGGGAAGACAGUCCCCGGGCAUCCCACCUUUCUGCCCCAGAGAACGAGCCGGGCCCCUUCUCAUCUCUUUUCUUGUCUGUCUUUUCCCGGCCCUUGUCUCCUCUCUUUGCCUCUGCUGUUUCUACCUUCAUUCCCUGGAGACCCAGGUCUGCUGGACCUAGCCAUCCCCUCUGGGGCCAUGGGAUCGCUGCUUGGGCUACUGUCACUGCUGCUGCUGUGGGGUGCUGUGGCUGAGGGCCCGGCCAAGAAGGCGCUGACCCUGGAAGGGGAUCUGGUGCUGGGUGGGCUGUUCCCAGUGCACCAGAAAGGUGGUCCCACAGAGGAGUGUGGGCCUGUCAAUGAACACCGUGGUAUCCAGCGCUUGGAGGCCAUGCUUUUCGCACUGGACCGCAUCAACCGCGACCCCCACCUGCUGCCUGGUGUGCGCUUGGGUGCACACAUUCUCGACAGCUGCUCCAAGGAUACACACGCCCUAGAGCAGGCACUGGACUUCGUACGUGCCUCGCUCAGUCGCGGUGCUGAUGGCUCACGCCACAUCUGCCCUGACGGCUCUUAUGCCACCCAUGGUGACGCACCCACGGCCAUCACCGGUGUUAUUGGUGGUUCCUACAGUGACGUCUCCAUCCAGGUGGCCAACCUCCUGCGGCUCUUUCAGAUCCCACAGAUCAGCUAUGCCUCCACCAGUGCCAAGCUAAGUGACAAGUCCCGCUAUGACUACUUUGCCCGCACGGUGCCCCCAGACUUCUAUCAAGCCAAAGCCAUGGCUGAGAUACUCCGUUUCUUCAACUGGACCUACGUGUCCACCGUGGCAUCCGAGGGUGACUACGGCGAGACGGGUAUCGAGGCCUUUGAGUUAGAGGCCCGUGCCCGCAACAUCUGCGUGGCCACCUCCGAGAAGGUGGGCCGUGCCAUGAGCAGAGCAGCCUUCGAGGGCGUGGUGCGAGCCCUGCUGCAGAAGCCCAGUGCCCGGGUGGCUGUCCUGUUCACCCGCUCCGAGGAUGCCCGUGAGCUGCUCGCAGCCACCCAGCGUCUCAAUGCCAGCUUCACCUGGGUGGCCAGCGAUGGCUGGGGGGCCCUGGAGAGCGUGGUGGCAGGCAGUGAGGGGGCCGCGGAGGGUGCCAUCACCAUCGAGCUGGCAUCCUACCCCAUCAGUGACUUUGCCUCCUACUUCCGGGGUCUGGACCCCUGGAACAACAGCCGUAACCCCUGGUUCCGUGAGUUCUGGGAACAGAGGUUCCGUUGCAGCUUCCGGCAGCGAGACUGCGCGGCACACUCUCUGCGGGCAGUGCCUUUUGAACAGGAGUCCAAGAUCAUGUUCGUGGUCAAUGCGGUGUAUGCCAUGGCCCAUGCGCUGCACAAUAUGCACCGUGCCCUCUGCCCCAACACCACCCGCCUCUGCGAUGCCAUGAGACCCGUCAAUGGGCGUCGCCUCUACAAGGACUUCGUGCUCAACGUCAAGUUCGAUGCCCCCUUCCGCCCCGCUGAGACCCACAACGAGGUCCGCUUCGAUCGCUUUGGUGAUGGCAUCGGACGUUACAACAUCUUCACCUAUCUGCGCGCAGGCAGCGGGCACUAUCGCUACCAGAAGGUGGGCUACUGGGCCGAAGGGCUGACCCUGGACACCAGCCUCAUCCCGUGGGCCUCCCCCUCAGCCGGCGCCCUCCCCACCUCCCGCUGCAGUGAGCCCUGCCUGCAGAACGAAGUGAAGAGCGUCCAGCCUGGCGAGGUGUGUUGCUGGCUCUGCAUCCCGUGCCAGCCCUACGAGUACCGCCUGGACGAGUUCACCUGCGCCGACUGCGGCCUGGGCUACUGGCCCAAUGCCAGCCUGACGGGCUGCUUUGAGUUACCCCAGGAGUACAUCCGCUGGGGCGACGCCUGGGCAGUGGGACCUGUCACCAUCGCCUGCCUAGGCGCUCUGGCCACCCUCUUUGUGCUAGGCGUCUUUGUGCGCCACAACGCCACACCUGUGGUCAAGGCCUCUGGUCGAGAGCUCUGCUAUAUCCUCCUGGGAGGGGUCUUCCUCUGCUACUGCAUGACCUUCGUCUUCAUCGCCAAGCCGUCCACGGCCGUGUGCACCCUACGGCGCCUUGGUUUGGGCACCGCCUUCUCCGUCUGCUACUCCGCCCUCCUCACCAAGACCAACCGCAUCGCGCGCAUCUUCGGGGGGGCCCGGGAGGGCGCCCAGCGACCACGCUUCAUCAGUCCCGCCUCACAGGUGGCCAUCUGCCUGGCGCUCAUCUCGGGCCAGCUGCUCAUUGUGACGGCCUGGCUGGUGGUGGAGGCACCGGGCACGGGCAAGGAGACAGCCCCCGAACGGCGGGAAGUGGUGACACUGCGUUGCAACCACCGCGACGCAAGCAUGCUGGGCUCGCUGGCCUACAACGUGCUCCUCAUCGCCCUCUGCACGCUCUAUGCCUUCAAGACCCGCAAGUGCCCCGAGAACUUCAACGAGGCCAAGUUCAUUGGCUUCACCAUGUACACAACCUGCAUCAUCUGGCUGGCAUUCCUUCCCAUCUUCUACGUCACCUCCAGUGACUAUCGGGUUCAGACCACCACCAUGUGCGUAUCAGUCAGUCUCAGCGGGUCUGUGGUGCUCGGCUGCCUCUUCGCGCCCAAGCUGCACAUCAUCCUCUUCCAACCGCAGAAGAAUGUGGUGAGCCACCGGGCACCCACCAGCCGCUUUGGCAGUGCCGCCCCCAGGGCCAGCGCCAGCCUUGCUCAAGGGUCUGGCUCCCAGUUUGUUCCCACCGUUUGCAACGGCCGCGAGGUGGUGGACUCAACGACGUCAUCGCUUUGAAGACUGCGUACUCCUGCCCUGACACGGCUGCUCCCCAAAACCCAGUGUCAACCUACUACGUCCAUGGCCAGGAGGAAGUUGGCUGGAGCACUGCAAUAAUACCCACCCGCCCCCCAAAGUCACUUACCCACCCACUUGUCUCAACUCUUCUGUCCGAAGUCAGGGUCUUUAGGCUGGGGAGCCUCUCUGCGGCCACCAGUUGUCCUUGUAACAGUGUCCCUUGCUUGUCAAGACUGGGACUCAGAAAGGAGAGAGCCAGGGUCCACUGUGCCCUGGAACAAGGUGGCCCAACCCCCAAUCAGCAAAGGUGCUUCCAGCCCAGCCCCCAACCUCCAGGGUCUUUUUAAUUUUUUUAUAUAAGUUAAUGGAGAGGGUGGUUAUUGUGGGGGCCAUUCCCUCCCUGUCCUGCACAGUAGU